AUGUCCAUUUCCAGGAUCCCCCGCCCGCCCGCGUGUCUCCUGACGUUUCUGUUCGCAGGCUGGCCCGCGAGGCUGUACAGGACCUGGUACAUCUCGGAGAUAGAUGUCAAAGGGCCGCAAACCUGCAAGCUAGCGAGCGUUGCGCAGUCCUCCGGAGGCUUCAGCGAGCUAAAUGGCAAUGCAGGAGAAGUAUCAUUAAAGGGCCUGUGUGCUGACGAAACAACCAACCCAGCUUCCAGGGUACCCAAUGGCAGCCAGCAACUCGCAGACACUAAUGUGACCCAAAAGCAGACUGUUAAGGCCAGCACCUUUGGGAAAGCCGGAAUCAAAACCAAGAACUUCAUUCAGAAAAACAGCAUGGACAAAAAGAAUGACAAAUCUUACGAGACUAAACUUAGAGAAAAUCAGUCCUCUGACAAGCCAGAGGCAGUAUCUAUUCCAAAUGGUGUUGUGACAAAUAAUUCUAGCUAUAUCACAAAUGGCUAUGUAAGCAAAGGAGCCGACAACGAUGGCAGCGGCUCGGAGAGCGGCUAUACCACCCCCAAGAAGCGGAAAGGCAGGCGCAACAGUGCCAAGGGUUGUGAGAAUUUGAAUCUAGUGCAGGACAAAAUAAUGCAACAGGAGGUCAAUACCCCGCCCUUAAAACAGGAACUCGAGAGUUUCAAGCCUGACUACAAUGAACAAAAGGGGAGCAGAGCGGACAAUUCGAAGUCUGUCUGGAAGUACGAGGCUGGGGCCGGAGGAGCAGGCCGUGGGAAACCUGGGAUCGGGGAAGUACAGCGAAAGAAUUCGGAUGCUAAACCUGGUAUUAACAGCAAGAAGUUUGAGGACCGGCCCAAAGGGAAGCAUGCGUCAGCUUCUGCAUCGAAAGAGGACUCAUGGACCCUGUUUAAACCACCCCCGGUGUUCCCAGUGGAUAAUAGCAGUGCUAAAAUAGUUCCUAAAAUUAGUUAUGCAAGCAAAGUUAAAGAGAACCUCAACAAAGCUGCUCAGAACCCAUCCACGUCUCCAUCAUCAUCGUCGUCAUCGUCUGCUGGGGAAGCCCCGGCCCAAACGUCAAGUCGGCUGUCCCAGGUCCCCAUGUCUGCUAUGAAAUCUGUUACUUCUGCUGGCUUUUCCAACGGGCCAAUCUUAGCAGGGACUGAUGGGAGCGUGUAUUCUCCAGGGACCCAGCCACUGCUCACAACUGCUGCUACUGCUGUCACCUCAGCCUCUCCAGAGUCAGUGCUCCAGGACAUGAGUGCAACUUCGACAACUGUUGAACAGAAGAAGUCUAGCCUUUUUAUCUACCCUUCAAAUAUGCAAACUGUGCUUUUGGGUGCAGCACAGGUAGAUCUGCCAUCUCAGACCAGUCAGCAAAGCCUGGGGGAUAUCUUCCAGAACCAGUGGGGUUUAUCGUUUAUAAAUGAGCCCAGCGCUGGCCCGGAGACUGUCAUUGGGAAAUCCAUGGAUAAUAAACUCGUGGAAGUGACAUUUCAAGGGGAAUAUCCUGCCACUUUGGUUUCACAGUGUGCUGAGAUCAUUCCCUCGGGAGCUGAACAACCUGUGUUUCCUAAGGCUUAUGAGCUGGAUAAACGGACUAGCCCUCAAAUUGUUAGUGCUGUUAUAAAGCCUGGGACUGCUAGUGAGGGUGGUGACUCGGCCUUGGAGCCACAUCACACAGGUGACCUGCAAAAGGCAGACACCAGUAGCCAAGGUGCUUUAGUGUUUCUCUCAAAGGACUACGAAAUAGAGAAUCCUCUGGCCUCUCCCACGAACAAUUUGUUAGCCUCCGCCAAAGAUCAGAGGUACCAGAGAGGCCUAGAAAGGAAAGAUAGCUGGGGUUCUUUUGACCUGAGGGCUGCUAUUGUAUAUCACACUAAAGAAAUGGAAUCUAUUUGGAAUUUGCAGAAGCAAGAUCCCAAAAGGAUAAUCACUUACGAUGAAGCCAUGGAUCGUCCAGAUCAAUGAAGGUAGCAGGACAAGACUGCCUGUUAUAACCUUUAUGCGGCACUAGUGCUGUUCACAGGGGACAAAAGGCUUUUAUGCUCCUUCUAAAUCUUCAGUGCAGCAGAGGAAUCAUAACUAGAAUCACAGGAUAAUAUAUACAAAUAUAUAUAUAGUUAUUUAAAAAAAAUGGCGACUGAAAGUAAUUAGACUUCUUAAGGAAUCUGAAAAUUUAUUUCAGCAGACUACACACGUGAUUAUUUAAUCUCCGGUACUGAAUAGUUUUGUUUUUUUUUUGGUUCCAUUUUUCUUUUCCUUGGGGUUUUUAUUUUUCCGUUUCGUUUUCUUUUUGUUUAAAGAGUGAAUGCAAGGGAUUAACGAACACAGACUCAAGUCACAAGCCUGGUUCUAAAGUUCCUGCUGUCGUCAACAAGGACAACAGUGACCUGCUGGGAGGCAUUUCCACUUGAUGAGGUUUCUGUUUCUUGUUCUGUGACUGUAGAGAUACACUAAUCACAGGGAAAUCGGGAUGAUGUACCAUCCUCCAUCUCCCCUGCUCCCCUCCACUUCCCCCUUUAUUUUCCCUUUUUUUCUUUUUUUUUUUUUUUUGGUUUUAUUUUGAGCCCUGCGAGAAUGCUGGAGAAACGCCUUGAAGCUUGCAGGGUUUUUUGUUUCCAGAGAAUAUAAUCCACAUGUCUUGUCAGGAGUAAAGCAGCCAAUCACGUGCUGAGAAAAUUGUCUUAAAACAUCAUCCUUCUAGGGGAAAGCUUGUAAUACUGUAAUUCUGGGAUACACGUUGAUCUUAAAGGCUCCGGUUACACGUUGGACUAUUACAACUGAAAAGCUCUCUCUCAUGAGUGUCAUUUUAAAAGACAACAUGCAAAAUAAGCAAUUGGUUUAGGCAUUUAAUAUGGAAAAAGAAAAAAAAAACCCUGUUCCCACACUUUUAUGCCAUUGUAUCACUGGGAGCAAAAAAAAAUUAUAUAUAUAUAUAUCCUGCUUUCAACUGUAGGUGCUUCAUAUUUGCUCUGUCUGUCUCUUAACACUAAAUGUGCUGGGUUUUUUUUUUCCUCUUUUCAUUGAAAACCUGAAGAGAAAUUGUUUGUAUUCUGCUAACUUUCACCCUCCUUGAAUUUAUUAUUUCUCUUUAGAAAUUAAAAAAAAAGAAAAAAAAAGAGAAAGAUUGAAAAAAAAACUCAAAAAAAAUAGAAGAAAAAAAAUAAUUGGGAACUCAAACCCUUUCUGAUUUGCCCCUAGAAAGCAAUGGGUGGGGUCUGCUCUCCCACCCAUUGGAAAUACUCUUUUAUAUUUUAAUGCAGUCUGUGUAUUUCUGAGCUCUUUUGCUGCUUCUAAUUAUAUCUCUAUUAAAAUAUAUUUUAUUACAAGAGCAAAAUGAGGGUUUAGGAAUGAAAAAAAUUAAAAAAAAAAAAAAAAAUAAAAAGAAAAAGCCAAGAGUAGAAAUGGAAGGAAGGCUUUGUGGCGAGGGCAGGGGCACAGGGCAGGAGGCAGGCUCCAGUGGCGUAACGUGUAUUGUCGUGCUGCCGCUUCCGUGUAGCAUGUUAUAUAACGUGUCAGGGUCAGGCUUUGUGUUUUAAAGGUGCACAAUUCCAGGGGUCCAAUGCAAGACCGAGCAAGUCAUCCUUCUCAAAACCAAACGUAUCUUCUGGCCUCUUCAACUCCACGCAUCCAUCGCGCUAAAGUCUCCUGGUGUGUUCACAGCUGGCUACUAGCUAAGAAGUGGGCAUUUAGGUCAACUGCAGUUAGUGUCUGGUAAAAUUAGACUGGAUCCCAGCGGGCAUUAGGGGAAGAAGAAAACCCCAUUAUUUCUGCUUACCCCUUGUGCUUAGAUGUAUCCACCUUUUUUUUUUUUUUUAAAUUAGAGGUAUGUAGCAUGCAUAUUUUAAUCAUUUAGUGAUUUUUAUUAAGGUUGUUCCUGAAUGAAGCUGUUGGGUUCAUAGUGGAACAAAGAAACUGAAUUCUGUAUGUUUUUUUUUUUUAAAUGACUAGCUUUCUGCUAGGCUUAGUUUUUAAAGUAUAACUAUGGAUUGCCUACUCCAUUUUAUGUGUAAAACAGCUAUAUAUAUGUAUUAGACCUAAUAUAUAUAUAUAGUAGUAACUUAUUGUAUGAGUCCAGGUUCAGAAACUUGUGGUUGGCCAGUCAUGGAAUAGUUCUGUUUCAGCUCCAAACUGUACCGCCUCGGCAGGUGGUUGUGGUUUCGGACGUCUCUUGAUACGUUUACAGAUGUUCUCCCGCGUUCCUGGUUUUAACUGUGUCGCGUCUCCUGACUGCUUGCCAAAAGUUGGAAUUGCUGCCAGCUCUCCCAUGGGGGAGCGCCGUGGGGUUCGUGAGCCUUAACGUGUUGAACAAACUGGAAAAGGUGACCUAAAAGACGGAGGCAGAAGGAGUGUGAGGCCGAUGGCAGCCCUCUGGUUUGUUUGACGGGCUUUAAGGUUCGGCUGUUACUUUAUUUGCCUUGUGUAAUCACUCGCCGCCUUAAGGGCUGGAUUCCAUUUAAACAAGCAAACAAGCUGUUGAGCUUGCCUGGGGCAUCCGGCCCUGCCCAGACGCCGUUUGUGGGGCCGCUCUGGUGCAGAAGCUGAACAGCAGUAACAUUUAAACUGAAUCUGACCCUUAGCGUUUAGAAAUCCCUGUCUUGCUGAAAAAUUGAGGAAACUACUCUUAGCCUAGUCCAGUUUGUUUUUUAAAUAGCAAAGUUCUCCAAGAAAUGAGAGACUAAACUGUCUAAGUAUUGUCCCCGCUCCUCUCACUCGCUGCCCCAUCCUCUUGCCCUUUCCCUCCUUCUGCAGCGCUCUCCACCGUGUUCUCCAACAUCUCACCUCUCUGACUGCUUCCCUUGAAACUUCCAUUGGUUGUAAGAGUUGGAUGCGAGCGGUUAGGAAACUUUCCAGCUUGUUAACAAAGGCAGUAUUUCUGGGUAACAGGUUUGAUAGACUUCAUUGCCUAGGGACAGGCAGGACCAUGGAAUAAACUUUGUGCUGUUUUGUAACACGUAACCCUCUCUGUCUGUCCGCAGUCUCCUCCUGACGUCCUCACACAAUUCUUUACUGAGCACUUAUUAAAAAUAUCUUAAGAUUUAAUCUGUUUUCUGAUUAUUUUUGUGUAAGUUGCUAAAGACUGAAGUCGAGCUGUGACUAAUUUAGCGCGGUGAAAUACUGCUAAUGUGUUACGCUGAUCAGUCUCGCGAGUUUUCCUUUGACUCAGAGUAUUAGUACUGUAGCAUAAACCAAAUACAGCCGAGAGGAGGAGCGUGGUGGCUCCCACUCUAGGGCCUGACCAUGGUGUGUGUGUGAAUGUGUGCGUGUGCGCGGGGUGGGGGGAGCAACGGCCGGGAGCCAAGCGGUUGCGUGUGCUGGCGUUUCCUUCGCGUUGGGAGGAUGAACGCUGUAUUUAUUUGUGCCUGUUGCUUUCCUUACACCAAGCCAAGUGAGUUUAACACCAAACCCUGCAGGACCGGUUGUACAGGAGGGGGCACUAAAAACGGAUCGGGACCGGCUUGGUUUUUAAUCGCUAUGAAGACACUGGGGCAGGCAAAAAGCAUCUUUUGCCUUUGCAUUGACUGUAGGCCCCGAGAGUCAGCCUUCUCCGCUUCCCCAGCCCCCCCAGCCUUGGCUGCCCCCCGCCAGGUGAGGUUGGAUAUUUAUUUUAGUUGUUAUUCCUGCACAAGCCAAGUGCGUGCAUGCGUGCGUGUGUGUCUGUCUGCGGCGUCUUCCCUCUCCCCACCCGAUGGGGGUCUGGCAGCCCUGCUCCCCUCUCCCGACAGGUUCUGUGGGGGUGCCCGGUGCACUGUCUUGCGCCCGUGAAGCCUGGGCAUGCACCAAAUUGAACACUUGGGAGUGGAUUUCUUUUUGCUGGGCUGAAGCGUAUCUUGUCCCUGCCAAGGGAUGGCCUGCAAGCUGCUCUCUGCUCUCUUCCCCUUCCCUCUGAUAACGGCAGUCGCUUUCCUUUCGCAGAGAUGGGAAUAGGUCUUUCUGCUGCCCUGGCCCGGGGUCGGGAGGUGCUGUGCUGCUGCAGGAGUCUUGACCUGUGUUGGAUUUAUAAACGAGCACCCAGGACUCCAGCUCCUUGUUUGGGAGCCCGUUUCCGGCUGUAGCAGCCAGUGCACGCUCUGCCCACAUGUGCUCCUUUGAGGCGUGUGCCUGUAGCACAGAUGGCUGCAAGGCUCAGCUCUUCUUCCAACCUCUUCUGAAUUGUUAAAUCCAGUCGUUUGCCUUCCCAAACUGCUGCGAUGUCCCCAGUGUGCAACAGCUUUUUUUUUGGAUUGGAAAUGCACCCUGUAGUCAGCAGCCAGGGGAUGGUGGGGAGAGCAGGCAGGAGAAUGCAAAGGAAAACCUUUCUCCUUUGAUAAGCGACUCCCGGGAUUCAUAGGCAAUAAGCGCUUUCCUGCCACUGCCUUCAAAGCCUGUGACUUUGACAGGAUGCGCUUUCCUCGGACACGGCGCCUUCAAGGCAAUGGUAAUAAUAGAAACAUUUCUGGACGGGAGCAUGGCAAGACAUUGCGACCUCCUAGUAAAUGCAGAACAGCUCGUGUGUGUGGCUAGCAGUUUUCCUGGGUGUUCAGUUUUUGCUCUUUCUGGCCUGGCAAUUUAAUUUUAGUAAAUCAUAAGUGUCUGGUGCUUUCAGUAACCCUGUCGCACGGUUUUUGUGCGUGCGCGCCUGCGUGGGUGUGUUUUAGAGUCUGUCUUCAUUGCACAGGCUGUUUCCAGGGGAGGAGAAAGCCAGGCUAGGUGCGAUGCAAGCUGCUCCAGCAGUUCACGCGUGUGCACAAGGCAAGGUUCGCUCGGGUUGUGAGGUAGGGAGGAGAUGGAGGGACUGGACAGACAGAUGUCUGGCUUUGUGCCCCCAGGGGUGGGAGCCAAGCGAGCCUGUCCUCGCAGGGUAAAAGCGAACCCUGUUGAGAACUGGGGAUCUGGAGUGAGGGAAGGACUAGCAGGGCUGCAUCCCCUCGGUCAGACCCGCUGCCUUGCCCAGAUCGUGGAGCUGCAGCAGUGUGCGCUGCGUCUUGUGCCGCCAGGGUACAGCCGGCUUCCUUGCAUCCUGCUGAAAAGUUCUCCGAAGUCGCAUAGCUUGCCCCCGAGGCAGUGGGUGUCCGACACGGGGCAGGGUGCCUGGUUGGUCCUUGCUCUCCGGUGUGGGCUGUGCAGGACAUCGGGUUGUGAAAUCAGUCUUGGUCAUGGGGCAAAAGUCAGGGCCACACUAGGCCGGGGGGACUGAGCUGUGUCUCAUUGACUGUUAAAUCAGAAAGCUUCAUUUGCGUUUGGGGUUCAAAAGCCAUUUUGUAACAGAGCAGUGUCCCUUUUCUACGGCCUUAUCGAUGAGUAUGGUAUCCUUUUAUUUUAUUGUAUUUUAUUUUUUAAAGGAGUCGGCUCCAUUUCCUUCUCUCUGUGGCAUGAGAAUUGUGUAUGGAGACCAGACGAACGUUUAACCGUUGUCUGACUUGCAGUUUUCUGAUCAAAGCUGUCUGCUCCCCAUAUGGUCUUUCCUCAGGUGCUAAACAAGGGUUCCAAAAAACGGAUACUGCUUUAGAAGAUUCUGCUUUAUUCUUAAAAUACAUAUUUUUUUCCUUAGGUGUUGUAAAAAUUCAGUAUUUUAACAAGGAUUUUUUUUUUGAGUGUGUAAAUAGUUCGGUUUUACCCCCUACCUUUUUGUCGAGACUCUAGCAUCUAAUUUUCCUUUGCUUCUUUCGAGAAGGAUCCUCUUGUGACCUUGAAGACAUUUCAUUUAAGUGUUGCUGCAUUUAAGAUUUGAAUCGACAACUGUUCCCGUCUUGGAUUAAUGCUACUGCUGCUAUGAGUAACUCUGAAAACCGAGAAUGUGAUGCACUUUUUUUACAUGACCAUAUAGUUCCUCUAAGGAUGGUUUGAUCCCUCCUGUAACACAGCCACUAAUUUGAAGGGGAACCUAGCAACUGCAAGCCCGGAGAGAUGCCAGGGUUUGGGAGCUGAGCGUAACUAACUGGUGCUGAACCAUCUUUGAGAAUUACUAUGCAAUGCAAUGCAAGCAAAGGAAAACUGUGCUAACUUGAAAGAACACUGUGUAUUUUUUUCCUACUUCCUUGCUUCGAGCCGCUGUCGGAAGGGCAGUGCGAAUCUCUGAGGUCUGUAACUUUCUCUUCCUUUUUGGCUGGAGCGGGGAAGACGACCACGGGUAAUCUUGGGUCAGCGGACUGUGUCCUACUCGCUUGCGCGUUCCGCUUGCUGCUUGUGCAGAUACUUGGCAGGCCAAUGCUGAUCUCGGCAAGAUCGGUUUUUGAACGCUUCGUCGCCAACAGUAUCGGAAGUCACACGAGCUUCCCCCAGGGCACGGGGGAGCCCGGCUGGCCUCUGCCAUGGGCAUUCUCCGCCUGUUCUGCCAAGCACGUGGAGCAAGGCCUGGGGAUGUCCGCUCUCUGCUGCGCCAGGGCACCGGCUCACGGCCUGGAAUGGCUCGCCUCCGUCUCUUUGCCAACCCGUUCACGAGCUGAGUGCUCCCUUGCUUUGCUGAGGUAGCCCUGGCAGUCCGGAGCAAAGCUGGUUCUGAAGGAGGCAGGCGAGGGCAGAGGUGUCAGGAAUUGAAGAGAACUGGACUGGCUUGACCUCUCUACUGAUCAAAGACUCUUUAAGCCAAGGGGGUGUUAUUUUUACGGAAGAGAGAAGGCCGGAGGGGGCACGGGCAGGGUUGAGCAUGCCUGGGAGAUGCAGGCCCCGUUGCCAGCAGCAUGGCAGCGGGGUACCGCUGCCGGCUUCACUAGCUUCUCCAGCACCGGGGCUUUGCUGAGCAGCAUUUUGCUUUUUCUCCUCUUAACGUGCCUUCUGUGGGUGAGAGAUUUUUUUUCAAACAGGCUGCAGGUUGCCCAAGUCUUUUGCAAGCUGCUGGUGCCCGGGGUCAGUGGCUGGCCGCCUCGCCCAUGCGCCUGGCGUUGCAAGUGCACCCCUCCCACUGUCUGCAUUGGCUGCAGCGCUCCGUAACCAGCAGCUCGGCUGUUGAAACGGGAGCCUUAUCUCUGAGCUGACUCUGAAUAGUGGCUGUUUUACACACUGGGGGGACAUCCCAGUCCUACAGCAUAGCACCUUCCUCUCUUAACGUGACCUUGUGUGUGUGUGUGUGUGUGCGCGUGCGUAUGAGUGUGUGAGCACGCGCACGCGUGUGUGUGACAAAUUCUGGCUUGCUGCUCUUCUGUUAACACGAGGUUUUGUAACGCUUUGUCUGCAAAACGAGCGAUAGUCUGGAACUGAGUUCAGGCUUUUCUGCAAAGGCUGAAAAUUGUUUCCCAAGGGGCUGUUUUUCCUUCCCAGGUAGUUUCUUUUCUUUUCUUUUUUCUUUCUUUCGUUCUCUCUUUUAAAAAAAAGAAAUAAAUAAAAAAAGAAAAAAUAAAAAAAUGAAAAAUUUUGUAAAGGAAAAAGACAACGCACCUUGCUUAAACAACGUUCAGAGAAAUGCUUAUGUUUGCCUCCAGAAUAUUGAACUGUGCAAUUCUUGGCUUUCUCCAUUCGGCACCUCUCUAGAUUCACUCUCCCUGAUGUGUGGUUUCUGUUCAAGUCUCUGUACUUCUGCCACUGUAAAUGUGAAAGCUUGCUUGCAUUACUUUUUAGAAAUGCAUUUUGCACACGCGGGUUUCGCUGAAGCUCCGUGAAAAGGUUAGUUCUAAGCAGAUGAAUAAAGCUAUGCACAUGUUUUGAAAGAUUUUAAUUUGUCUCUCAUUACCAGAAGUGACUUAUCUGCCCUCUUUUUUUUCUCUCUCGCAUUCCUGUGCUAUCAUCGUGUCCGUUGGCUUUCCCAUCUCCGCACGAGUCUGACCUGAGGUGACAGUUCUGUGCUAGCAGUUAGCUGUAGCAGAAACCAGGGCCUCUUCAGUUCAGUUCAGUAGCCUGGGUUGCAUUUGAGAAGGAAAAGCAGCUUCGCUGGGGGAGGAGAGGGUGCCGCAGUUGGCUUUCCGGCCAUGGUAGCAGGUGACCUGGUGUCCUCCUUCCUGUUGUGCAGGUUGUGACUAGGGGACAGCCGUCUGUUUGCCUGCACCAGCCCUGUGGAGGGGCUGUGGUGCAAAUCCCGGUCGUGCCGGCUGCUCUUUUAGCCUGCGGCCCAUCUGGUGCAACCACCUCUCGGCGAGCCCAGGGAGCACCGGCAAAUUCCCGGCUGUGCCGAGACCAAACGCACCCUCUGUGGGGCUGGGCAGGUGGGGCAGGCCGCGUGCUUGUGUCGGGGAGUCUUGGUUCUUUUGACCGCUGGGCCGGGGAGGGGGACCAAGAUGUGUCCUGGUGCCUUUGCUUCAGUUGUGCUAAGAGGUGGCGUGGCUGGGUGGCAGGCGCUGUCCACGAGAGCCCAGGGCCGUAGGGCAGGCAGGGCUGGAUUGCCAGUAGAGGAAGGACCCGGGAGCUGCCCAUCCUCUGCCCCCUUCACCUUGGCAGAGCUUAGUCCUUGUCUUGCAGGAGCGUUGCUCAGCUCAGGGCUGCUGCUUCUCCGCCGUCGCUCAUACGUAGGCAGCAUGGCAGCCUGCUGGGGGCUCUUGGCGUGUUUAUAUAGGACAGCGUAACCCCCUCCCCUGCCUGUCUCAGUGUUAGCGGCGCCCCGAUGCCAUGCUUCCUGGCAGUAGUGGCAGCGUCCCCUCCUGCCUGCUCUGUAGUUCUCAUUUCAGCUUGGCUCCCUGGCACGUAGCCUGCCCGCGGCGCAGUCCUGUCCUGGUGGCCUGGGAGCCGCGCUACCUCGUGGGGGCAGCAGGGACAGGGCCUGGCACAGCAUUGAAGGUUUUGUUUUUCUUGCCUCCUUUCCAAUAACUUCAACUCAGUGAGUGUGUUUUUGAACCCAGCCGGACCCGCGGUCUGUGGCCAGGUUGCGAGAGGGGCGGCUAGCGGGCGUGGGGUCAGAUCUAGGAACCCGCCGUAGCUCCGGCUAGUGCAGGCUGUCGCGGACUAAGGCUAGGUAAUGUCCACGCGUUGUAAUGGCAUGACGUAUCGUUACUGGCAAUGUCAUACUUCACCCUCUCUCAAUGUUUAGAAAAUUACCUGACUUUGGUUUUAACUCGAUACUGCACCAACAGGUCUUCAGAAAUUUUAUCCCCAAAUUUUACUAUUUUAUCAGGAAAAAAGAACUGAGAGAAAUUUGUGUAGAUCAAAUUAUGUUAAAGACAGACGAUAAGUGAUGUAAAUUGUUGAAUAAAAAUUUUAAAGUUU